AUGAAUUACAAAUCACUCAUCGUGUUAGCUGCCCUCUUGGCUUUUGCAGCCUUAGUCUUUGCAGAAGCUCAUGAAGAAAAACGUUCUGCCGAUGCUGAAGCUGACAGACAAAAGCGUGACGCCGAACCCUAUGAAUACUAUAGCUACUACGGCGGCUAUCCUUAUUCGUACGGAUACGGAUCCGGAUAUAAAUAUAAUGUUCAUAAACGUUCUGCCGAUGCUGAAG